GGCUAGAAUAGCACCUUUACACUUAUAUCUUAAACCACAUAGCCGUUACAUACCUCCAGAAUGUCACCUUCAUCCAGAUUUAUUUUAAUUGGAGGCUUCGCAUUGCUGGUAUGCUUUGCAACUGGCUACCCCAUUGCAUUUACAUCCUCGUCUUGGGGACUCCUCAGUGGAAUCCUCACCCGUACCGAAAAUGACUGCACAACGCACAAGACCAUUAUCAAAAAACUCAUUCUUUUCAAUCUCGAGGCGUUCCUGGCUGUCCUCUUCGGUGGGAACCGGCGACUGGGCUAUUGUGGUCGCAAAAGGUAUCCCGGAGACAACUACACUAUCGAUUUCAAUAUCUUCACCCUCAUCUUCAAGCUUGGGGGUCUUAUCGCGACGACGUACGGGCUCGCUGUGAUUACCCGACCUCCUGGAGGUGAUGCUCGAAUCUGGGAUUUUUUCCAACUGUGGGCUAUUCGACCACGAGCGACGCCAUUCAUCUCGCUCCUUGGAUAUCAUCGUGGGUGGACUGGUGCAGCCUUCUAUUCCUUCGUCGUGGAUUCAAUUAUAUGUCUGAUAGCUGCGCAGUUCGUCGGAACUGCAACCAUGGUUUCGGGAGACUUUGCGAUGGACAAGGGGAACUGGCCGAGUUAUCGAGUUGGUGCAGUGAUUGCGUUGAUUCCGUUGAUAUUUUUUGUUAUUGUAGGACUUGCCAUGGCUGUGUUUCUUGGAGCGGUGGCGGUCUGUUGUGGGCCCUGUUUUGCUUGUCUCGCCUGUUGCAGAGUUUUCGAACAUGGUCAGCGAGAGAACGAGCCGUGGACUAUGCCCUGGGAAACCAAGGAUUUUCUCUGGUACACUGGAUGGAUGAUGUGGUCUGGGAUGCCGCUGGAGUUGUGGUGCCCUAUUAUGGCAAACCGCGUCGAUCUCAUGAUGGGGUUGAGUCCGUUCGCAAUUCAAAUUGGGAUGAUGCUGAUAGAUUCAAUUUCAGAAUGGGUCAUAUAA